AUGUCAGAAGUUUUUACUGGAUAUCCACCAUAUCAUGAUAUUCCGCACGAUGAAAAUUUACCUCAAGACCAACCAACUGCUAAUGAAUUAGUUAAUGUGCUGCAUGUAUCUCCUGUGAGAUAUAAAUCUCCCAAAAUCCCUUAA